UAUUUUAUUGUGUGAAAGAUUUUAUUUCAACAGCACCGACUUAGACUAACAGCUCAGUCGGAUCGUGAAAAGUUGACCGAAAUGUAAGGAUAUUUGAGUUUAUGAAAAACAAAACAAGGCCAGCCAUACUUUUCUCAGAAUGUUGUUAUUUCAACAUGAGUAACUGUAGCGGUCGGAUACAAAUGAUAAUGUCCAGAAGCCAGUGAUAUUGAAGAAAAAUGCUGGUAAUCUAAUCCUUCAAUAACGAAACCAUCACGUUUUUUGAAAAGUAUUACGGUGUAUCUGUAGACGUCAGGGUGGAGCUCGUAAAUAGUUAACCGACCGGUGGGAGUCACGCGCAUGCUAAUAUUUAGAGUUUGUAUGGAAGUGACCAAUCACUUUCGUCCUGGAUGUGGUCCAGAUUCUUACAAACUCAGAUUAUACAGCACCUAAUAACAUUAACCUAAAACAUUUACUUAAUCAGGCAAAACACAUUUCUAUCGGCUUUAAACAUUCGACUCUUACCAACAAUACAGGUAUCAUCAGCACCUUUGAUCCAAUCUACCAAGAAGAAAGUAACCCUAGUGGAUAUGCCCAGAGGAAGUGGGUAGUUUGACGAACAUACUUCUCAAACCAGUCAAGUCAGCGUUGAUCAACUCUUCAGAUAAUUGUGAUGGGAAUGGAAAUACAACUUCAGUAAAAAUUCCUUUUCAAUCAGACUCUAUGUGUAAUAAUCCAACCUUAUUUGGGGAUAAAAUAAAAUGAAUAAUCCCCGUUAAACGUUUCAUUACAUAAGGGUUGUUUUUAGUAAAUGUAUAAAUAUUCCAACCAUCUAUUAUUAGUACAGCUGGAAGAAGUGUGCUAUAUGCUAUGUUCCUGUAUAUAAGGUCAUGAUUGUCAUAUAUUUACAGCGUUAAUAACGAUUAUUUCGAAAUUCUUAUUGUUCUUUUUAUCAUAUAACUUCUGAUAAUGGCAUACAAGGUUUCAGAUUUUGAUCAGGAAUCCUUUGAUAUUUACUUAAACAUUGGUCCUUUUAUCUUGGAUGAAAAAUUUGACUUGAGUGAAGAGCCAGACGAAGGCGACAGUCAUUCACAAUCCAGUUUCACAGAAGAAGCUGAAUCAGGAGAAACAUAUCCAUUGCAAGCUAUCAGCAACGCUUCUUUGAAUUCACUCGGGAGUGCGAAAAGGUUAGAUGAUGAACACAGUGUUUCAAGUUGUGAAAUUUUGUCAUCAGAAUAUAAUCUUAGACCACGCUCUACCUUGAAACUGUUGGAGACAGAAACGAAAAAGUACUCCAAAAAGGUGCUUAAACUAAAACCGCCACCUUUAAGCAAGUAUCGACGAAAAACAGCUAACUCGCGCGAACGAUGCCGGAUGAACGAAAUUAAUGAAGCAUUCGAUAGGCUAAGAAAAGUAGUACCUAGUUUUCACGCCAGUGCUGGUGUAAACAAUUCCAAAUUAACGAAAAUUACCACUCUAAGACUAGCUGUGAACUAUAUUGCAGCUUUGACGACACUUCUUCAAUCAGCUGACCAAGCAUAAAAUAAGUCGUAUUUGAAUUCUGCUUCGAUGUUUCAAAAUAUUCUGGAAUUGAUUGAAGAAAGAACAUACCAUUUAGUGAUGAACUAAUGAGGACUGAACAAGGAACAGUAUAUCCCAUGCUAGUUAAAAAACCAAUAGCCACAACCUUUGUGUAACGGUGUUGAUUAAAAUCCAUUUCAGCGAAAACAUCUGCUUCGUAGUGUAGAUUAAAAUCUAGUUCAGUAACGACAUCUCUCUAAUAACACAUUAAAAUAUAGAUCAGCGACAUCUGAGACAAAUAUUUAAAAGUAAAUUCAACCUAGUAGUAACAUCUGCGUAUAAAAUGGAUUAAAAACCAACUUAAUGACCACUUUAGGCGAAAAGUGUAAAAUAAAACCAACAUUGUCCUAGUUGUAUAACUAACAUACUUCUUACAUAGCAAGACUCUGAAGUUGAAAUUCAUUCAGUGAUUAUGUAAGGCUGAAAUUUAUUCGAGAUAAAUUACUUUGAAACAACACAAUAUGAAAUUUAAACCAUGUGUACACAAUACAUACUUUUCUCGACAUCUUUCAUUUAUCCUUUUAACCAGCUGUCAUAUUAUGUUACCAUGUGUAUAAUAGAAGUCCAAAAAGAA